GGCUGGAGCCUGAAAGGGGUUCCAAGUUCAAACUCCAGUUGCAGUGUUCCAUGCUCUAUCGAUUCGACAUUCUCUCAUUGAAGUUGUUAUUCCGCUCGAUUUCAAAAUCAAAAAUGUUGGAGAUGUUUGGCUACACUGCUAUCAGGCAGUUGUCUCAGAUGAUUGCGUCUGUUGCCUUCUUUCAUAGUUCAGAGUAUGUUCUAGCUGUUGCUAUUCAUGGUAGAUCCAAUGUUACUUUGAGCUCUCUUCUAAUCAGCAAACAAUAUGUUUUGGCAAUGGGCUGUUCUUUUUUGGAAUACUUUCUCGAAAUACUUCUACUGCCAUGGUUGAAGGAAUAUUGGUGGAUAAGCAACACUGGUCUUGCUCUGGUGCUAAUUGGGGAGGUAAUACGCAAAGCUGCUGUUAUAACAGCUGACCGCGCGUUCACGCACAUGAUCAAGGUUCGUCAUGAAGACCAGCAUGAGUUGGUUACUCAUGGAAUCUACAGAUUUGUCCGUCAUCCAGGAUAUUCUGGCUUUUUCAUCUGGGCAAUUGGUACUCAAAUAAUGCUAUGCAAUCCCAUAUGCAUAGUUACUUUUAUGCUGGUUACUUGGCGCUUCUUCUCAACACGGAUACGAUAUGAAGAGUAUUACUUGAGGCAGUUUUUCGGAUCUCAGUAUGAGGAAUAUUCACGACGAGUGCCAUCUGGCUUGCCAUUUAUAAAGUGAAUGC